ACACAAGGCACCGAGACCCGGUGGGCGUUCAUUGAGACCCCUCUACCCGGAUCUGUGAUCUAUCAGAGAGUCACCAUGGAUUCCCUACUUGACGAUGAUAUUUGUAUAUUGAAUCAUGAAAAAGAAGACUUUACGAGGAGGAGAGAUCAAGAUACUCCUUUUUCUGCGUCCUCAGGAGAGGCGUCCGUGGCCUCGCACUUUGCCCUGGUCACAGCAUAUGAAGACAUAAAGAAACGACUGAAGGAUACCGAGAAGGAGAAUUCCACUUUAAAGAAAAGGCUAAGACAAAUGGAUGAAAAGCUUUGUGGCAGUUGUGAAGAACACAGCAGAGACGAGAGUGACAAGGUGAACAGAGCUUACAGUGCCUUUCGGGAAAUUUCUCUCGAGCGAGACAAUCUUAAGCAGCAGCUAACUGCAACGGAGAAGGAAAAAAAUGAAUGCACAAAACACCUGAAUGAGCAGCUGCAGUCUAAAGAAGUGGAGCUUCUGCAAGUGAAAUCUGAACUGGAAACACACCAAGUGAUGAAAAGCUUAAGCAAAACUCCUACUGACUGGGAGAUCGAAAAACUGAACAGCGAGUUGAAAAUCCGGUCAGUGGAGCAAGAACUUAAAUUGCUUCAGGAAGAAUGCGGACGCCUCCGAGCGGAACUUCAAAGGACAAAGACUAUGACUGCAGACAAAAGCUUAUUUGGUAAUGAGUUUUAUCAAGCCAAUGAUACAGAAAGCGAGUUCAGCGCGCGGCAGGUGAUCUGGGAGCUGAAGAAGGAAAUGUCUAAUUUACAUCUAGUGACUGAAGUACAAGCUGAGGUGCUAAGAAAGCUGAAAGGAACAGUGGUUGCAACCAGGAAAGCUUCUCGUGGCCCUGUACAGUGUGAAGAGGACUUGGAAAAAAAUUGUGGUAGACUGCGCAUAUCAGCUACUAGUGUUACAUAUGAAAAAGCACCCCAUGUGUCUUCUACUGAGUACAACCUUUGUGACGGUGCCUCUGCACCUCAGCCACGUGUAGUGAUCAAUACACUCCAGGACAAAAACAGUCGAACACAGUGGACAAACGAGAGGCCAAGUCCAGUAGGUGGAACUGACUGUGAGGAGGCUGACCAGAAGUCUUCUUUUGAAGAAAAUUCUUGGGUGAUGCCAAGCCCACCAAAGCCAAGUGAAACACUUUUUUGGGAAGCAAAAAAUAAUUCAUCACCAAACAAUACAGGACAAUAUUACAGUCCAAAAUACUCAUUUAAAAGCUAGAUCAUUGUUUCACACCUGAAGGUAUUGAACUGUGCAGCACUUCUAAAAUAUUUUCAUACACACAUAGGUAAUUCUUUUAGGUACAAACUGAUCGGCUGUCAUUGUAUCCCAACGGAAACUGUGCUGUGUAGAUUUUUUUCUCU